AUGGUUUCGGGAGAGGUUACUGGUCGGACUGUGUACCGGACCUGUAAGAUUAUAGUGCUGGGAGAUUCGGGUGUGGGGAAGAGCAGCCUGACUCAGCGCUACUGGAGCGGUCACUUCCCCGCUCACACUCACUCCACCAUCGGCCUGGACUUCAGAGAAACACCGCUGCACCUGCACGGAGCCACGGUGAAGGUGCAGUUGUGGGACACGGCGGGACAGGAGCGUUUCCGGAGGAGCAUGGUGCAGCACUACUACCGCGACGUCCACGCCGUGAUCCUCGUCUUCGACGUCACCAACGAGGCUUCGUUCCGCAGUCUGCCCGUCUGGAUGGAGGAAUGUAAGCGGCACUCGCUCGGACCCGACGUUCCCCGCGCGCUGGUGGGUAACAAGGUGGACUUGGUGAACUUGAAGGAAGCCCCGGGGAUCGUGGAGCAGGCGCGACACUUGGCCGAGGUCCACUCCAUGUCCUUCUACCUUUGCUCGGUUAAAGCCGGCGGGAGGGAGGAGAUGGACGUCAUCUUCACCACGCUGGCGAGGCAGAUACAGAAGCAGCCGAGGAGAGAAGCGGUGCCCGUCGGGAGUUUUAAACUCACCCCCAAAACCACAGCGGAGAAGGAGCUGAAGAAGAAACGGACCUGCAGCUGCUGA